AUGAGCACCACACCAAGGGCUCGCAGUAACGCACCUAUCGACCUCACGCUCGAUGACUUGGAUGACGAUGACAGCACGCUCGUGUUUGAUGCCCACUGGCAUGAUGACGACCCACCGGCAUCUACUUCAGACACCCAAUCUAAGCCAUCUAACGAGCAGCUAGUUCGUGAUAUUCUUGAAGAGGUCUGGGAAGACUUCAUCAUAAAUUGGAAGAAGUACCACAAUCUGCUAGUUGUGGGGAGUCUAAAAGACCCCCAUGAGUUCUGUACCAAUGACGAGAAUGAUUCACUCACUGCAUCUCAUGACGACUGUAACGACGACGACGACGACACGUGUCUAUCGAGCUCAGAUACCGAUGAUGCUAUGGAUCUUGUGGAUGCUCAUACUCCUCACAAACCUCAUGGUGCCCACGUUCGCUUCGCUGAUGCGACGCGAAAAAUAAAUAUAUACACCGAGUCCACUACAGGCGCUGGUCCUUCGACCGUCACAAUCGAACCCAUUCGUACUAUAACACUCCCAGUCGACACAUCAAACGAUCCCUCCUUCGAGGCUUUCCAGCCGGCGAAUGUUUGUAUCGGAGUUGACAUACCCGCCACAGUGGAUUAUAUACCUGAUUUCAUACCGUACGCAGAUGAGGAGGAGUUUGAUCAGGAGGAAUACUUGAAGCAGUACAAAGAGUUUGGUUGGCAGGAUAUGGAUAGGAAUGAUCCCGACCUAAUCGAGGUCUACCUUGAGACCGUUCGCAGGCUUUAUUAUGGACACACCCUCUCAUUGGAAGAUAUCGAGAAGACAGAACUUCUGCCCCAGCUCCGUACGCCUAAGUCUGGCAUUUUGCGGAAAGCGGCCCGAAAGGACCUCAUUCAGUGGCCAAAUGGCAGGACCACCGGUUACCUUCCACCUGUUAGCGAACUCUUCAAAAUCGCUUUUCCGGUCCCCGAAGUACGGAGCAAGGCCGCAAUGAAACAGCCUGCUUUCUGCCCUCACCCCAACUGCCUAGAUGUCGCUUGUCCAACCCAUCUUCUCAUGCGGAGUGAUCCUGUAGAUAAAUUUUAUGCAGGCAUGGAACCUCGGCCCCGUCUCCCAACGAUCUCAAGCAUAAACUUUCAGGCAAGCAAAGGGAAUGCUUGCGGCCAGCGAUGCUUCCGCCAUGCUAUGGAUACGACAGAAGAAUUGGUACACUGGCAGGAAGAUGAUGUCAAUGACUUGUCGGAGAUACUCAGAGUUUUCCCUGACGCUACCCCUUGUGACCUAGCGAUAAUGGUCCACAAGCCGUGCAUGGAGGUUUUCUUUCAACGUCGAAUCCUUAUACCAGACUCGUCCAUACGAGACCUUGAAGGACGGCCAGUUCCAGCUACCUCUUCAAUAUUUGGUCGAAAGCCGAGAUUCCAUAUUUUGCGUGUUGAUGGGCUACUGGGCAUUCUUCAAGGGUUCCGCCUUGCGACCAUCCCGGGGAACACUGUAAUACAGCCAAAUGUGGUUGCUAUGAGGCAGAACAGCAUUGCAUACGCAUGUGCAAAUGCAUCGAAGAUUGUGAACGACGCUUCAAACCUUGCAAAUGUCAUCCCCACAAGCGGAAAAGCAGGAGAAAAGUGUGUGACACAAACUCAACCUGUUCGUGCAGGGCCCACGGUAGAGAAUGCGACCCGGAAAGAUGUCGUUGUUGCCCAAAUAUACCGGAGCGCCCCAAAGGCAAGGGAAAGAAGGCGAACAAAAAUACAAGAAGGCAUGGGUGCAGACCUAGAGAUUCGAGAGGGAACAUGGGGAUUUGGUGCAUUUGCUACAACCAGGAUACCGCGUAAUGGUUAUAUCGGAGAGUACACAGGAGAACUUCGGAAAGAGCAUGGUGGGGCAGAAGACCCCUGGAAGCAUGAACAUGACUAUAGGGAUCGAAACUACCUCUUUGGAGUGAAUGAUCGGGAUACCGUUGACGACCCUCCGAAUGCGAACGUCGACGCCCAAUUAAUCCUCGUAAAUGGAGACCAGAGGAUCUCUCUUACUGCUAGCAAAGAAAUCAAGCAAGGGCAAGAGCUCUUUUUGGACUAUGGCAAAGACUAUUGGCCGAAACUUGAUGCAGCGGGUGAUGUGAGCACGGCUACCGUAGGUGAUGUGCAUGGCGAUCAAACAGACGAGGACUCUGAGGGUGGAGAGGAGUAUAUAGAGGAACGUAUGGAUGACGAAGAAGAUGAUGCGUAUGUCCCGGAUGAGCAGUCAGACGAAGAGUACCGUUUUUAG